AUGUGCGAACCAUCGGCGCUUUUGGAUCCCUACUGGGCUUCUAUGGUUUACUCGAUGCUUUUUGAAAAGCUCCAUGAAAAGCGACUUUCUCACUCUGUAAUCGAAAAUAUUCUACUCGCAAAUUCAACCUUCAACAUAAACUUGACCAUUGCAUCUCAACUUAAAAUCACUUUCACCAACCACCAACCUAAUCGCUCCUCCAUCGUUGCCAUGUUGAAAUCCUCUUUACCAAAGACCCCGCGGUCUGAAACGGUUAAAGGAUUGACUAACAGCAAGAAAAAGAAUCAUCCCUUUUACAUCUCUUCUUUGUUUGACAUGUUUGCGCAACUUGAAUCAGAUGUCCAAGGCACUUGGGGGUUCCGACACUCCCAUAUGACGAUUGUUACCUGGGAACCGGAUGCCGAGGACUCCAUGGGAUGGGUAAUCAGAGGUUCCGCAUAUGGUGGAGUCAAGACUAUUCUUGAAGUAGACGGUGUUUAUUUCUUCAAGGGCCGUUUGAUUGCAUUAAAUCAACCCGGCAAACAGAAAUUUUACUACGAACCCAAAAACCAAAUCUUUGCAACUACUUCCCGAGACCUUAAAGGUGACAUAUCAAACUCAGUCAGCGUAUUUGGACUCGGCGUCAUCAUUUCACGCAAAAUCAAACCUGUAUCUGCAGGAAAGGACACCAUCGUUGUUGUCGUUCGGCAUACGGAUUACAAUCCUGAGGUGAUUGAAUCCUUGCACAUUCGUGCUUUGAGCUCUUUCGACGUCCAAUACAGAUGCCCUUGGUCUCCCUUAAUGGAGAAAUUGCAGCCCUUACUUAUCCCUAACCGUGAGGUUCAAUUAAUCGGCCACAUCGUAGGUAAAGACAUGUCCAAGCACAUGUGGGUUGUCGAGGGGUCUUCAAAGGACUUAGACGUAAAGUCAUGCGUCGAACAAGAACAACCGCAACCUCCAAAGAAAAGAGCAAGAGCCCCUCCAGUUCGAAACGCGGUAAAAACACCUAAUAAGAAAGGUAAGAAGACCGCCUCACCCGGAGUUCAAAAUCCCGUCACCAAGCCCAAACCGUUGAACUACAAGGGAGACGCAGGUGGUGUCCCUCCGAACACAGCCAAGGGAAAAGGGAAAGCUCUGCUUCAGUCCGUGGAAGAAGAAAAGUCUGUAGCAGAAGAUGAAAGUGACGAGGACUAG